AUGGCUAAAACUCGAUCUGAACUCAAGAAAUCCGUAGCAGAAGAAGAAGAAGAAGAAGAUUGUUCAACAGACAAUGAAGGUUCGGAAUCCGACUCAGAAUCGGAAUCGGAACAGGAGCAAACCCAAACUCAAAUGCAGAUUGCCAAAACUCCAUCCUCGGCGGCAACGAAGGUCACCGAAGCAUCAUCUACGCAGGCCAAAGUUCAGGCCGCUUCGUCGUCUGAGACUGAUUCCGAUUCCGAGUCCGAGUCCGAAAGACCCGCCCCGAUUGUUAAACCCACGGACCACCCACGAGAAUCCGCCCAAAGCAAGCCGAGAAAAUCCGGUGCCGAAGCUAAACGCCCGGCGGACAGAGAAGCCACAGAAUCGAAGAGGCAGAAGCGAAAUCCAGAAUCCGUGGUAGAAAUCUCUGAGAUUAAACCAUCGGAAGAAGAGUCGAAGAAGCAGCUAUUCCAGAGACUGUGGAGCGAAGACGAUGAAAUAGGUCUUCUGGAGGGAAUGAUCGAGUACACAGAGAAGGAGAAUGGCGAUCCGCAUACUGACUUGGACGCGUUUCACGAUUUCAUACGAAAGUCUGUGCAUUUCACAGUGAGCAAAAGCCAGCUGCAAAAUAAGAUGAAGCGGAUGAGGAAAAAUUACAUAAACAACGCCGGAAAGGGGAAGUUAUUCUCGAAACCCCACGAGCAAAAAACCUAUCAACUGUCCAGGAAAAUAUGGGGGAAGGGGGAUGAGAAAAUCAAGGAUAGCAACCAAGUAAGAAUUGUUCACGCUCUGAUGGCCUGCAAUGGAAGUCUCAAAGAAGAAAAAAUCAAUAAAAAUAAAGCUCCGGUGGUUGAGGACGCCAUUGAAACGCAUGCUUCGAGUGGAUGGAAGAUGGGCAGAUUCAAUUUACUGUCGCAAUUUAUGGAGAAGAACAAGGGUAUUGUGAUCGGUGAGGAGAAGAGAAAGGAGAUUGAGAAGAAGCGGAAAGCUGUGGCAGUAGCUGAGAUGGAUCUGUUCUUGAAGGAGUUAGAGCUGAUUCAAGAACACGUGAAGGCGAGUUUGAACGCCAUGAAGAAGAAGUAGUCGCUGCAAAGGAGGGAUUCCUCAAUGAAGUUAUUAUCCCCUCCCUUUGGUUUCAUAUUUUGCUAAAUCAAACAUGAACGCUGGA